AUGCCGUGUUUAGAAGAUUCGUUCAAGAGCCAAGUUGCAAAGAUUUUUGGCCCCUCCGUGAAACUUGCUGACGACGAAUAUGACAAGUUGCAAUCGCUCAUUCAGAUUUUCCACACUGACUUGGAAGACCUUUAUCUAGAAUGGGAAUCAUUCAACGUGGCCGAGGUUGGGGAAGACUUAGAGCUAAACAUUGGUAAUUUGAUCAAGUUUCACGAAUAUUUGCAAAAAAGACUUUCCAACAACAAGAGCACUCCAACAAACUUGAAAAAAACUUUCAACAAGGAAGUCGGUUCCAGUAGAAAGCCCUUGAUCAACAAGAAUGUCAACAGCGACCACAACAGAAGUCCCAGCACACCGCAAUUGAAAAAGAGAAAGGUGGAACUAUCAGAACGAGUCUCGUCGUCACCGCCUCUUGCUGGCUUUGAGACAGCCAACACCACGUUCAACUCAUCGCCUACAAAACCAGCCAAAGAACUGCACAAACUUUUAGAAUCUCUAAAUGCACACAUUAACGUGACCAACGCUGCUUCGCAAGAAGAACUCGAUGGCUCAGGGGCCAAAUUGACAGCAAACUUUGAUGCUGCCAAAUACAAGUUUCGCACCAUGCAGAUGAAGUUGCUUGAAAGUGCCGACGUGUUGGACGACCAAAUCGACAGUAUCGCCGAGUUGUACCAGCUGCACAAUAAUAAUAGCAACACGGCGUCCGAUUUGCAAUUCGGCAAUCCCUGCGCUAGUUCGCAGUUUGAUAUAUUGUGUUGCGGAAGAAUCGUUCCUGAUUCGCCGAGCUAUGAUAACGAGGCUUUGAACAGCUCGUCGUUGUUCUUGGAGACUUCACGUAUAACCGGCGUGGGUCAAAGGGUGAGCUUAAACUUGACCUCUCUUAAAGGGUUUUCCCUCUUUCCCGGCCAGAUUGUCGUUUUGAGGGGAAACAACCCCACGGGCAAGGUUUUCCACGUUUCCGAGGUGAUGCCCUUGCCACAAUUGGGGACUCCCGUGUCCACCAAAGAGGAAUUAUCCGAAUUUGAAGCAUCUCAAAAAGGGUUAGGGUUGAAAAUCGUGAUUGCCUCUGGUCCCUAUUCGAAUCUGAACAAGUUGAAUUUUGCAAGAUUGGAAGAUUUGGUGGACAAGAUCAAUAAUAGCAUUUUCCCCAAUGCCGUGAUCUUGAAUGGUCCAUUCAUAGACCUCAGUAAUAAAGCUGUUGAAGCUGGCGACGGCGAGUUUAGUUUCCCCUCCAGUGGCCACCACCAGCCUAGAAACUUGGAUGAGGUUUUCACCCUAUUGGUGACACCUGUGCUCAAGAAGAUUGACUCCAAGAUCCAAGUCAUCUUGGUGCCGUCACUAAGGGAUAGCUGCGCCAACCACUGCUCAUUUCCACAGAAUUCCUUUGAUAGGAAAAAGUUGCAGCUUCCCAAAAACGUCAAGGUCUUUCCCAAUCCUUCAAGCUUUGCAUUGAAUGAGGUGUUGAUUGCUUCUUCAAACCUUGACAUAUUCAAGGAUCUAAGAGACGUGUUCAAAAGUGACGAGGGCGGUUCCAAUAGCAACAACAGAUUUGAGAGAGUCAUAAGCCACGUAUUUGAUCAGAGACGAUAUUACCCAAUAUCACCCGGGUCAGUUGCCAGUGCUCAAGCAGACACUAGUGCCGACGCCGAAUUGAUCAAUGGAGCAAUGGGGGAGCUCUUGACCAGGACCGGCAUUGGAGGCUCUUUAUUGGAAACUCCCUAUUUGGGCUUGGCCGAGUUGGGAGACUCGCUUCCCGAUAUUAUCAUCUCCCCGUCGGAGUUGAAGCUGUUUGCGAAAAUCGUCAAGGGUGUUGUGGUGAUCAAUCCAGGUCAAUUUAUCAGACCGAGUCGAUCAGCCGACACCGAGGAUGGAUCAUACGCGGUGUUGAGUGUUGUUCCACCGAAACUAGACUCCAAUGCGACUGAUAAUGUCGAGCUCGUUCAAGGGUCGACGGAUUUGUACCACCACAAUCUUGAUAAAAGAUCUCGGGUUGACAUAUAUAGUAGUUAG